CAAGUCCCUCUUCACGCCAUGGCCACCCGAGUCCCCGACGUCCGUCCGUCCUGACCCCGGGGAUGGCGGGUCCCCCGGUGCCCCCCAGGCCGCCCGGGUGGCUUUUGGUGGCGCUCAGCCUCUCGCUGGCGUCGCGCCCGUCGGCGGGCACAGGCAAGAAGGCGGUACACGUCGGGGCGCUCUUCCCCAUGAGUGGGGGGUGGCCGGGGGGCCAGGCCUGCCUCCCCGCCGUCCGCAUGGCCCUGGAGGACGUCAACAGCCGGAGGGACAUCCUGCCCGAUUAUGAGUUGCGGCUCAUCCAUCAUGAUAGUAAAUGUGACCCCGGCCAGGCCACCAAGUACCUCUACGAGCUCCUCUACAACGACCCCAUCAAGAUCAUCCUCAUGCCCGGCUGUAGCAGCGUCUCCACGCUGGUGGCCGAGGCCGCCCGGAUGUGGAACCUCAUCGUGCUCUCCUAUGGGUCCAGCUCCCCCGCCCUCUCCAACCGCCAGCGCUUCCCCACCUUCUUCCGCACCCACCCCUCGGCCACCCUGCACAACCCCACCCGCGUCCAGCUCUUCAAGAAGUGGGGCUGGACCAAGAUCGCCACCAUCCAACAGACCACGGAGGUCUUCACCUCGACCCUUGAUGACCUGGACCAGCGGGUGAAGGAAGCCGGUUUGGAGAUCACCUUCCGCCAGAGCUUCUUCUCCGACCCGGCCGCGCCCGUGCGCAACCUCAAGCGCCAAGACGCCCGUAUCAUCGUGGGGCUCUUCUACGAGACGGAGGCGCGUAAGGUCUUCUGCGAGGUCUACAAGGAGAAGCUGUACGGCAAGAAGUACGUCUGGUUCCUCAUUGGCUGGUACGCCGACAACUGGUUCCGCAUCAAGGAUCCGGCCAUCAACUGCACCGAGGCGGAGAUGGCCGAGGCUGUAGAAGGACACGUCACCACCGAGAUCGUCAUGCUCAACCCUGAGAACACCCGCAGCAUCUCCAACAUGACGUCCCAGGAGUUCAUUGAGAAGCUGCAGAAGCGGCUGGGUAAGAACCCUGAGGAGACGGGUGGCUUCCAGGAGGCUCCACUGGCCUACGAUGCCAUCUGGGCGCUGGCCCUGGCCCUCAACAAGACCUCAGCGGAGCUGGUCAAGAAGGGGUUGCGCCUGGAGGACUUCAACUACAACAACAAGAACAUCACCGAUGAGAUCUACCGGGCCCUCAACUCUUCCGCCUUCGAGGGCGUCUCGGGACACGUCGUCUUCGACGCCAGCGGCUCCCGCAUGGCCUGGACGCUCAUUGAGCAGCUGCAAGGAGGCGUCUACAAGAAGAUCGGCUACUACGACAGCACCAAGGACAACCUGUCCUGGUACAACAACGACAAGUGGAUUGGAGGUGCCCCGCCAGCCGACUACACCAAGGUCAUCACCACCUUCCGAUUCCUGUCCCAGAAGCUCUUCAUCUCCGUCUCGGUGUUGGCCUCGUUGGGCAUCCUCCUGGCCAUCAUCUGCCUGGCCUUCAACAUCUACAACGGGCACGUCCGGUACAUCCAGAACUCACAGCCGUACCUGAACAACAUGACGGCUGUGGGCUGCACGCUGGCGCUCGCUGCCGUCUUCCCCCUGGGACUCGACGGGUACCACAUCGGGCCGGGGCUUUUCCCUUUCGUCUGUCAGGCCCGAUUGUGGCUCCUUGGGCUGGGGUUCAGCCUGGCGUACGGCAGCAUGUUCACCAAGAUCUGGUGGGUCCACACUGUCUUCACCAAGAAGGAGGAGAAGAAGGAGAAGAGGAAGACCCUGGAGCCUUGGAAGCUGUAUGCCACCGUGGGGCUGCUUGUGGGGCUGGACGUGGUCACGCUGAUCAUCUGGCAAAUCGUGGACCCCCUGCACCGCACCAUCGAGGAGUUCACCAAGGAGGAGCCCAAGACGGACACGGACGUCUCCAUCCUGCCCCAGCUGGAGCACUGCAGCUCCACCAAGAUGAACACGUGGCUCGGGAUAUUUUACGGUUUCAAGGGGUUGCUGCUGCUGCUGGGCAUCUUCCUGGCGUACGAGACCAAAAGCGUGUCCACGGAGAAGAUCAAUGACCACCGAGCGGUGGGCAUGGCCAUCUACAACGUGGCGGUCCUCUGCCUCAUCACGGCGCCCGUCACCAUGAUCCUCAGCAGCCAACAGGACGCGGCCUUUGCCUUCGCCUCGUUGGCCGUCGUCUUCUCCUCCUACAUCACCUUGGUCGUCCUCUUCGUCCCCAAGAUGCGACGCCUUAUCACCCGAGGCGAGUGGCAGUCGGAGCAGCAGGACACCAUGAAGACGGGCUCGUCCACCAACAACAACGAGGAGGAGAAAUCCCGGCUGUUGGAGAAGGAGAACCGGGAGCUGGAGAAAAUCAUCGCCGAGAAGGAGGAACGUGUGUCGGAGCUCCGCCAGCAGCUCCAGGACCGCCAGCAGCUCCGGUCCCGCCGACGGUCGUCCAACCCUUCCCGCGAGGCUGACAACCAUUUCUCCCCGGGGCUGAGCGCCGCCCCGGCCGCCCCCGCCCCCUUCUACCAGCCCAACCUCCCCCUCGUCCGCUGCCUCGUCUCCGAACAAGCCGACAAGCUCGGCCGGGCCAACUGCGACGGCAGCCGCGUCCAUCUCCUCUAUAAGUGACGCCCCCCCCCGGGGGGCGUGGCUAAGAGCAGAGGGGCGUGGCUAUUUGCUGAGGGGUGGAGCUAAGCGGGGUGGGGGUCAGUGGGUGGGGCUAGGCAGGGAGGGCAGAGCCUCUGCCUUAUUAUUAUUUUUUUUUAAUGCAUCUCUUCGUCUUAACCUGGGGGGACCACGGCUCUGGCCACGUCCCCCCCUCCUGGGGCUCCCGGUGUCACCCGCCCUCUGACUGUUGUCAGGCGGAAAACUAUGGGGUGGGUGGGGGGAGAAGGGUGGUUCUUAAUUAAGGGGUGGGGGAGGGGCAGACUGAGUGAGGGCUGAGUUAACAACGUGGAAAGCCCACCCCAACCUCCCCUACAGCCGUCCCACCGCCCCUACAGCCAUCCCGUCUCCCUCCCCGCUCCAGCUGUAGCACACAGUCGGACAGUCCUGCUGACCUGUCCUCCUCCACGCUGUCCCUGCUACACCCACGCCACACCCCCUCCGUCACCCCGCGCUGUUGCGCACAACCGGAGCUCGGCUCCCGGUGUAGCAAACAACCACCCUGUUAAUCCUCUGUAACGGUGGUGGCGUAGCCCGGUGUUGGUACAGGCAACGUGGGGACGCGGGUUCAGGCCCAGGGACGCAGGCAGUUGUGUCGCAAGCAGCGAUUCCUGUAGUUUCGUGUUAGGCUGUAGUGUACAACUGAGUCUAAUUAAGUCUAGUCAGACUGUAGUGCACAACUUGUACGUACAAUCAAAUCGUAUUGCACAUUGGGGUUGGUUACUGUAACGCACGGUCCGGCUGUAGCCGACGGCGGGUUUGGGAUCAGUUGUUGGCGCAACCAGAUCCAUUAUUUUUUUUAACGCUGUAUUGUCCGACUGUAGCUCACAACCGGCCGCGGUGAGGCGUGAGCACAGGCAGAGAGUCUGUGGCUGGGGCUGUACGUUCAAGCGCAGCGUUAGGCCGGGUCCUGUGCGCGCAGACUGUUGUACCCGGGGUCUGGUUUCUCGUAUGUACAGUCGCACUUUAGUGGACAACCGGACCCUGCUUCUUCUCA